AUGGACGCUAAUAUUGCGGCGAUCGAAGCCGACGACGAAAAUGCCCCGGACAUCUGGGGAGGUCAUCGCCAAGAGUUCAAAGAAAUACUCCUGAAUGUUUACGACGCCACUGACAAGGUAUCUGAGAUGGUCAAACGCACCGAAAACCACGUCAACACCGAACAGUAUACAAUGCUGGUAUUGAGUACUCGCCAUCUUCGCGAGAGUGUAUACAUGUUACUGCCUCAGGAGCUACACGAUUCUCUCGUCGGCAAGGGGAAAGAAGUCACUAGAGGGAAGUAG